UUAGGGGGUUCUGACAGAGUCAAAACCAUUUUCAAGUUCAGAAAGUUUGUUUCUAAAAUUAGGAAAUAAAGGAAUGAUAUCGCCUAAUUCCAAAUUUCACAGGAUUACUUUAUAAAUGUUGAAGAGUUUAUUUCAAUGUUGACAAGAUAUGUCCCAGUUGUUUUGGCUGUCCAUGGGAUUAAAACUGUCAACUGUAAACAGAAAUUGGAAAGUGAAAUGAUAGUUGACUUUUUGUCGAGGAUCAUGGGAUAGACUCGCAGACAAAUGGAUUCUGGGAAAGAACUUGCAGAAGAUAGUUCAAAGGACAUCCUCUGUAUGAGGUAUCAAUCCUUGGAACAAAGUGAAUGUUCACCGACAGAUGAACAAGAAGUGCCCAGAUAUUACGUGCCUCGCACUUCCAUUGAUUGGUUCAUUAUAGAAGAGGGGUCUGAUGCGGAUGUAGACACCGACUCACAGCUUCCAGUCCACAAAGCAGCAUCCAGGGGCGAGAUCAUUGCCCUGGUGAAGGCCAUUCAGGGGGACCCCAGUUCUCUCGAACUCGAGGACAGUGAAGGUUUAACUCCCCUGGCCCAUGCUGUCAAAUCAAAGGAAAUGGAAGCUGUGAAACAAAUCAUCAAGAUGGGGGGUAACAUCAACACCCAGGACUGCCACGGACGGACCCCGCUGGCCCUAGCCACGUAUCAAGGUUGGUUUGAGGGAGUUAUAUACCUGCUGAGGAAAGGUGCCAAACAAAGCAUUGCUGAGAAAUCAGGAAGGACUCCACUUCAUGCAUCGACUUAUGACAAGGAUGUCAGAAUAAUUGGGGCUUUGCUGCAGACCCUGUCAAAGGAAGAAGUAGCCAUACAUGACAAUGAGAAGAUGACUGCUCUCCACUGGGCCGCCUUCCACAAUCGGCCGGAGCACCUACAGCUUCUACUGAUGAGUGGAGCCAACAUGUACUCUCAAGACAUCGACGGAAAAACCCCGCUACACUGGGCCGCCGAGAAGGGCAGUGUAGAGUGUUGUCACCUUCUGCUGCAAUGCUGUAAGGGACCCAAGCUUGCCAACCAGUUGGACAACAGCAGUAAGAAUGCUGCCCACUAUGCUGCAGCAGCGGGGCAUUAUCUGCUGCUGCGAGAACUGACCAGUGUGGAGGGGAUGGAUCUGGAGGCAGAGGACCCUGAUGAUAGAACUCCACUUCACUGGGCGGCAGCCAUGGGCCACAGCCAGUGUGUCAGUGUUCUCCUGAAUAUGGGGGUCAUCCCCAACCCCCAGGACAUUGAGGGAGGGACACCACUGGACUAUGCCAGACAGACAGGUCACAAAGAAUGCGUUCGAUUAUUGGAGGAGAAGAUGGGAAUUAAAUCCAGUAAUGUACAGAACAGGCGACCGAAAGCCAAAAAGAGCGACUCAACGCGGAAUCCAUUCGGGAAGCUGAAGGAACUGUUCCGUCCUCGUAACAGGAAAGUUUCUUCCACCCCUACCUCUGACGUCACAAGUGACUCCAUAGAAAUGAGGUCUCUUGAUAACAAGUCCAUGACAAAUUCAGAGAGAUCCCUCAAGGAACUGGCCAAACGGGAGGAAUCACGGCAGCCGUCCAAAGCACAGAGUCAGGAAGGUAAAAAAGUUCAACAGGAGAAUCCCGCCAGCAUCACGGUCCCAAAAAUUGUUCUGUCCACAUUCGACGAAACGAAAGAAGAUGACCAAGGACUGCUGAAACAGAGGAAAAGGUCAAGGAGACACAAAAAGAAACAUUCACAACGACAGACAUCAGCAUCAACAACCUUCGAAGAAAAUUAUGACCUUCAUGCAGGGUACAACAUCAUCAAGGACAUCAAUCACCACGACAACCACCACAUUGGGGUCAGCGGUCACUCAAGUAACCUCCUACCCCCUGUGAUGGGCCCCAGAAUGUCCCCUCUACCUCCCUCUCCCAUCCCCCUGGAUCUCCCCAAAACCCCUCCACCGCGGAAAUCAUCAAAAGACUUAGCCCCCCUCAGAGUGCCUCAAAUCAAGUCACCAGGUCCUCAGUCUCCCCCUGUUCUACAGAUCCCCUCCUCAGAUUACCGGGAGGAGGACGUGCCUCGGUCCAACGCCUCACCCCCCUACAACUCCUACAGGACGCUGGAAGGUGGGUUGUCUUCUCCCGUGCCACAACUUGCGCAAGAACAUCUUCACCGACAAUACAAAGCUGAAACCAGGUCCCUCCAUCAGGGUAUGUCUCCAUGGUUACAGGUCCGCCCAGCCCCGGGCUUCUCCUACGAGCGCCAGCUCUCGGGGAGUUCCCAAGACUCUUCAACACUGGGAGGUGGGGAUCAGAAUGACUUCCUGUCUGUGUCGUCCGGUCAGCGAUCAAGGUUGUCCUCCAUAUCUCAGAGUUCUGUGUCGGGUCAUAGAUCUGCCCUGUCAUCGGCACGCAGUGACGUCAGCGUCCGUUUGACCUCCAUCACACCCACUCAUUACGGCUCCCCUAAAUCCAUGUCACUCAUGGGUUCACAAAGCCCCACACAGAUUUCAAAGAUGGAGAAAAGAACGAUGGAUCGUAGAAUUCAGAGUUUGCUUCACUGAACGUGUGUGAGAGUCUGAAGAAAGACAACUCCAACAAGCAUCUUAUACCGGUACACAAUCUCAGCCAGAGCCUUGGUCAGGAAUAAGGUCUGAAUGAGUAGAUCUCCCUCCUGACAAUUAUAGUAAGGAAAGUGAUCUUAAGAAAAAGUCAUUUGUGUGAUCAAUAUUAACAGCCAUUUUGAGUCAUGUUUCUAUUUUCAUAAGCAUAAUUCUGAAUGAUCAAUGAGUGAAAUUAUUGAUGGACUAACUUGUAACUAUAUUUAUUUACUAUCUUUAUGUCAUACAUGAGGAUUUUUUUAAUAUACAAUAGUUUUUGAUUUAUCAUAAGGAUGGUCUCAAUAUUUUGUAAAAUGUUCAUACAGACAGACAUGUAAACAAAAAUGUUUCUAACUUUAUGCAUCAUUAUUUUAGUAUGCUUGACACAAACCUCAAUAUUUGAUGUGUGAGAUCAUCAGUUUAUUAUUCAUUUACGAUACAGACAGACAAUCAGAUGGCUAACUUUGCUGGUGUUGCCUUGUCCUAUUUUUAUAUGAUACAGACAGACAGACAGACAGAGUGUGUUUCCAUGUUCAACAUUUUCUGACUUUUAUAUACACACAGUUAUGACUGGUGAGCAAUGUGGCCCAUGGGACUUUUAUUUACCGACAGUUAUGACUGAUGUUGUUAUAGUCUUACUUGUUUGGUAUGAUCUUAUGAUAUAUCUAUAUUGAACUGUUGAAAUAAAAUGAU